ACGCUGGCCCAGUCACACCUGUGAAGCGUAGACUACACCAACUAAGGGCCGCCCUCCGCUUCCACCUGUCACGCAGGCUUCGUGCACGACACGAGCUGUCCCAGGUGCUCCUGCAAGUUUGCCUUGAGACUGGGCUGUGGGCUGGCACUGCAGUGGCGCGCCGCAGUUGAGAAAGUGCCCGUUUUCCUUCUGGAAGUCUGAGUUGGGAGGAGUCAGAGAUAAGAAAGUCACUCUUGUAAGCCCAACUUGGAGCCACUUAUCUUGGGAGGACAGAGAGUUCUGGGGUUCUAGAAAACAAGUAAUUUAUGUGAGUUCGCUAGGUGUGGGAGAGUGACCCGUAAUCUCGGACAUCUGUCUCAGAGUAAACGCUUGGCGUGUGGGGACCAGUGCCAGACCCUAGCUGCCUUAUCAUGUACUGCAGAGCUUACUUCUUGCUGGAAAGAGACUUCCAAGAGUUGAAGGAGAACAAUUUUAAGGGUAUUACUGCCUUUCCUGUAAGUGAAGAUCUAAUGGAAUGGGGAGCUGAUAUUGAAGGUCUACAGAAUACAUUUUGGCAUGGAUUAUUCUUCUAACUGACAAUAAACUUUACAUCACAGUACAAUCUUGUCCCUCCAGUUGUGAAAUUCCUAACAGUUCCUUUUCAUCCAAAUGUAGACCAAAAUACUGGUCGGGCCUGUAUAGAUUUUUUGGAUGACCCUGAUAAGUGGAAUACAAGCUAUACCUUGAGCAACUUACUUGCCCUCCAGGUUAUGCUUUCUAAUCCAGCGCUAGAAAAUCCCGUGAAUUUGGAAGCAGCCCAAAGGCUGAUUAAAGAUGAGUCUCUGUACAAACAAGUAGUUCUAGGACUUUUCAACGAACCAUCACAAAGUAAGAAUGAGACAGAAAAGCUGCCCCAGUUGCCAAGAAAAAACAUCCGAUCAACGAAAGCAAUCUCAUUUAAUGAUUACUAUAAGACAUGGUCUGGAAUAGCCACAUCAAAAGCCACAGAAUACUACAGAAGUCCAUUGCUUGAAGAUCCAAAUUUUAUUGUAGAGUAUUAUAAAUGGAAGAAAGCUGAACUAAAACAUCCUAAAGAAUGGAAUUUAAAGUAA